AUGGUUGGAUUUAUUUAUGAAGAUGUUGAAGAUCUUCUCCCUGCUAAUAAUGUUCCUGGAAAAUCUUCUGGGACUGUCUUGCCCUUUGUUGGUGUUGCUUGCCUUGGAGCCACUUUAUUCGGUUAUCAUCUUGGGUAUGGAUUUUCAUAUUCAUUUUACUCUGCAGAUAACUGGAUUUAUACUGCAGCAUAUCUAGAAUCUGUAUUGCCAUCAAAGGUGGUAAAUGGAGCUCUUGAGUACCUGGCCAAGGAUCUUGGUAUUACUGAGAACACUGUACUACAAGGAUGGAUUGUCAGCUCUCUACUUGCUGGCGCCACUGUGGGUUCAUUCACUGGUGGAGCAUUGGCUGACAAAUUCGGCCGAACUAGGACCUUUCAGUUAGAUGCAAUUCCACUAGCAGUUGGAGCAUUUCUUUGUGCUACAGCUCAAAGCAUUCAGACGAUGAUUGUUGGCCGCUUGCUAGCUGGUAUAGGAAUCGGUGUUACAUCUGCAAUUGUAAUUCCUUACAAUGAACAGAUUUCUCCAACUGAAAUUCGCGGUGCACUUGGAUCUGUUAAUCAACUUUUUAUAUGUAUUGGGAUUCUUGCAGCACUAGUAGCCGCAAGGGUAUCUGAUGCAGAGAAAGCAAUUAAAACACUUUAUGGAAAAGAAAGAGUUGCUUCGGUUAUGCAUGACUUAACAGCAGCAAGUCAAGGUUCUUCUGAACCUGAAGCAAGAUGGUUUGAUCUUUUUAGUAGCAGGUAUCGGAAAGUUGUCAGUGUUGGAGCAGCACUUUUCUUGUUUCAGAAGUUUGCUGGAAUUAAUGCUGUGGUGUAUUAUUCGACUUCUGUUUUCCGCAGUGCUGGAAUUGCUUCUGACAUUGCAGCAAGUGCCCUUGUUGGCACUGUAAUCGCUUCGUCCUUGAUGGACAAACAAGGAAGGAAAAGUCUCCUUAUCACAAGUUUUACCGGAAUGGUAAUAGUUUUUCUCAUCUUAUAUCUGUCUAAGGCCUAA